AUGGCGACAGACAGGCUCCUGACGACAGUGCUUGGCCUCUUUCAAAAUGUACACGAUGCGCCCAAGACGGAUCAGAUCCUCGGCACAACUGUAUCCCUUCUCGCGACACUUACGAACCCGCUUAACAUUUCGCUGCUCACCUCACACUUCCUAAGCGCCCACGCUAUAUGGCAUCCGCACGCCAGUCCGAGUCAAACCUGUCUACGGGUCAUGUCGGUUUUCAGCACGGCUGCCCUGCGUGUGCGCACUGCCGAAGUAGACGGGAGGCUUAGCCACACAAUACACGGAAGCGAGGGCUGGGCACGCGCCGUGGCCCGCGGUGCUGACGAUAGGUCGGCGCGCUGGCAGCAUCUUCUAUGCUUGACAGGCGUCUUGACAGGGUUCGAAGGUAGCCACCGGCAGUCGCUCUCUCCCGCCAUGAGACGUACCCUUGAGGAUGCCGUUGCCAGGGCGGCAAGCAUAGCGUUGGCCGACGCCAAAGAAACAAACAGUCCGGAACCUACAAGGACUGCCGUCGCUGUGGCGCUCACUUAUGCAUUCCCACUACUCUCAGAACAGGCAAGGGCAUCGAUAGAUGCCGACGCACUGGUGCCUGCUGCCCUGGAGUCCAUGUUUGGCAUUGAGGGUCUUGAUGGGGGUAUGUUUAUCGGCGCAGACGUAAAUAAUGACCUACGUGUGGAUGGACUUGGACUUUUGGAAUGGCCGCAAACCUCGCCGUCCUUUGUCCGCCUACAACACGUCUCGUCGCGGCCCUUGGUCAGAUCAUUAGGACCUCUGGCCAAGAUGGCGGCCUAUGCAAUCGAGAACGCAAAGUCCUCGCAACUGGUGCUGCACGCACAGGACCGCCUCCUGAGCUUCUCAACGCAACUGAUGCAGCACUGGAGGGCAAAUCGACUAUCACAGCUGGAGCCACUGGACGUGCCGGCACACCUCACCCAGGGAACUGCGCAAAUUACCUGGCCGAUCAUGCUUCAGACGCAAAAGAACAUCAUGUUUGCCUGCGCUUUUGUUUUGCAGGCAGUCGUGUCGCGAGCCUUGCUAGACUCGCGUAUCAGUGGCCAUUCAACACUCGCAACGACCACUGCGUCCAAGACGUUGCUCGUCCUACGGAACCUGCACUUCAUCUCAUCACGGCCAGGCAACAGCGCGUUUCAGGUGUAUUCUUUCAUAUAUCUCGGAUCCAUCGACAUACUGACUAAGAAUGGGGGUGCAUGUGUUGAGCUUCUUCGCCAAAUGUUCCCACCAAGCGCCAGCAUUGGGCAGGUGCCGCUCAAUGCCCUUGAUCGAGUGUUGGAUCUCUUUUACCUGUCUCUGGCCGAACAUCUCCCUCUCAGUCUCACACCGGAUGCGUGCGAGACUCUUAUUGUCCGGCCAGCAAUGGUUUAUAUUUCUCCUGCUUCAAGCCGAGCGAUGCCGACACUUCGCAUGGUUGAACUUUUCGAGGCGGCCCACAGCGCCGUCCUAUCGGUGCUCUGCUGCCCCCAGAAUGCACCUCUUACCGUGAAACUGGUUCCCCCUUAUGCAGAGAUUUUGUUCGAGUCGUUUCCAAGCCGUAUAUCAGCUCGGCAGUUUCGCAUGGCAACCAAGACCAUCAUGCAAAUUAUAUCACCACCUUUCCCAAUCUCGGCCACACAUCCUGAACUUGCAGAGACGCUCCUCGAAAUGAUGCGCUUCCGUGCGGAUACUACGGCCGGCAAAAUACCACUGCCUCCAGGACCAGGAGAAUCAGCCGCAGCCGUGGCUGCGCAGGAGAGCGGCGAGCCAGCUGCCAUGGCGGCUCCCAUGUCGGAACAAACCGCGCUUGUGCUCGCCAUGAUUGAUUCGCUCCCGUUCUUGCCCUUGUCUAUUGUGGAGGACUGGCUUACUGUUGCUGCGAUAUCACUCAACAAGGUUGAGGAUCCAGACUUGAGGGAGGUGGUGAAGCGGCGCUUUUGGGACGUCCUUGUGAGUGGAGAAAUGGACGUGGAGAGGGCCGCCCUUGGUGUCGCCUGGUGGGGGACCAGGGGCGGUAGAGAGAUGGUCUUGUUUGGACCGGCUCACGAUUCGACUAGGUCUGCUCCGCUUAUGAUGAGCGGUGCUAUUGUUGAUGAGGUCGAAAGGGGCUGCAAGCUGUGA